AUGGUUACAAGCGCUCCUCGAAUGGAAGAUGAGACCAUACUCUCAGAAAUACCACCAGAAACCAUUGAGGAUAUCGAGAAGGCUCCAGAGGCGCACCAUGCAUUUUGCCUUGACCAGGUUGAAAACCACCUCUCAUGUCACGAACCUCAUGGAGCAUUGAACCAGUCCACCCAGAUCGAUUCUGCACAAUAUGAGCGCUUCUUAGAACGUCGAAAAAUGGCCAUUACUGCUGUGCUAUCGCUGUGCGGGUCUCUGGCUCCUAUCUCGUCGACCUCCAUCCUGUCAGCGGUGCCCGAUGUUGCUGCAGAAUAUAAAACCAUGGGAGCAUCAUCAAUCUGGGUAAUCUUUUAUACCUCAUAG